AUGGUGUCUUCGUACAACCCCAAACAUAUCUUUUUAACAACACCUCAAGAAUCCCAGGGGGUUGGCAUUCAGUCUCCAGCACACAUGUGCUUUCUGAAGCUACUUUCCAGCAGCGUGGCCUUGUUCCUGUCUCUGUGGGUGAGAAGAGGCAGGGUGGCCUCUCCUCUGGUUCUUGAAGAGCUUUCUGUGGUCUCCACCAAGUUUCAGCCUUCACAGAGAGUCUUUCUGAAGCUCUGCAGCAGUUUGGCGUCUCUGCUGAGGUUCUGGACCGUCGGCCGGUUGAACCUGACUGAGUCCUGCCUCCCUGCUCAGAGUCUCCUCAGUCUGCUGCUUCAUGAUGCUCCUCUCACUGUCAGACUGGGUGAGGAGAGUCUCCAGCAGCUGGUGGUCCUCCUCCAUGAGGUCCAGGACCAGGAGUUGACAUUGUCCUCCCUGAAUAAGCUUGGUGGAGACCUGAGCUCCUGCCGGCUGAGCUGGGAGGUCCUUCACUAUCUGCUGCAGCAGCCGUCAGCUCAGACCAUCACAGUGAACCUGAAGAAGAACCGCUUACAGGACAGAGCUGCACAGCUGCUGCCCUUCCUGCACAGGCUGCUGCUUCAGAGGCCCAGCCCCAGCUUUGUGAGGACGUCCAUCAGAGAGAUCCACAUAGGUCGCAGCAGUCACAUGAUCCCCGGUCUGCUGAGGUCACUGGGUCAUGUGAUCAACCUGAGCUGCACGGAGCUGGACUCAGAGGACGCUGCUGCUCUGCUCUUCAUCCUCAGACACAGUGAUGGAGUUAAGCUGAGGCUGCUGUGGAGCUCCAUCCCUGCAGAGGGAACACAGUCCAUCCUCAGGAUGCUGCGCUCAGUUUCUGAUCUCAGCGUGGACAGGAAGCAGCUGCUGAGCUUCAUCCACUGCUGCGCUGCCUCUGACAGCCAGCAGGAGGCGUCGGACCUGCUGAGGACUCUGCAGCACAGCUUGGACCUGUCCCUCUCCUCCUGCGUGGAGGUACCAGAGGAGGAUGAGCCUGAGCCUCUGAGGGUGACGGCUGACGACUGCAGGGCCGUCUCCAGCGUCCUGAGACACAGCAGCAGGGACACACAGCUCCACCUGAGGGACUGUGAGGUGGAGGACAGCGGGCUGGACCUGCUGUUUCCUGUCCUGGACAGGGUCCGUCUCAGAGUCAGUAAGACGGUCCUGGUCCAGCUGCUGUCCCUGCUUCCUGUGGACAGUGAGAGGGACACAGUGAGACGGGCCGUGUCCCUGUGCAGAGCCCUGGGAGGAGAACUGGAUCUGAGUCACGUCCCGCUGGAUCAGAGGCUCUGUGGAUCUCUGGUCCUGAUGCUGGACCACUCUGAGGGUCUAACAGAGCUGGACCUCAGUCACUGCCAGCUGACAGACCAGCUGCUGCUCCAAGUCAUCGCACAUCUGCACAAAGUCCAGGUCCUGGAUCUGAGUCACAAUCAGAUCACCGAUGCUUCCACUGCUCUGUUACUCCAGCUGGUCUCCAUCAACCCCUCCAUUGGUCCUGUGAGAUCUAAAGUAUCCUGGAACAACAGUCUGCUGAAGAUGAACUCUGACUCUUCAGCAACAACAUCUUCAACAAAACUCCUUACAAGGUCAACAGGAAGUUUGAAGUCUGGUGAAGCAGCUUUCAGUCAGCUGGUCAUGUGACCAACAGGAAGUGCCUUUCUCCUGGUUUAUCAAGAACUUCUCUCAGGAUCAUCAAAUAGUCGUAUUGGUUGAAAACACUGUGAGGGGGUCAGCAGUCUAUUUGAUCUGUUUUUCUUCUAGUUUCAAUAUUUCAGUCCAGAAAUCUCAAAAGAAACCAUGCAGUAACUGAAGGAUCAGGGAAAAAAAACAGUUUGGUACUUUAACUGGGCCUAACUGUGUGGAAAUGGAAACAUUGGGAAUCAUUUUAGUUCAGAUUUAAUGUCAUGAAAGAGGUGGUGGUCAUUUUCUCUGCUGCUUCUUCCUUAAGUUUAGAUUACAUUUUCUGAAAUGUUACACAAAUAAAAUUAUGCUUUACUGUAAACUGCAGAGAAACUUAAUUUUCCAUUGCCUCCAUUAGAGGCUUUGUUUAAACCAGUUGACAGCUGGAUGUUCCACUAAACACUGAUCUCACAGCAGUUUUCUGUAACAUCCAUCCUUGUAUCUGGAGGUAAAGAGCUGUUUAACAUAUUGCUCUCUCUCUCUUUCUCUUAGUUUAUUUUCUGAAGAAAUACAUUUGGAUUUUGUUUGUUCUAAAGAAAUUUUAAUUCAGCCCUAAAUCUCAACAAAAAAUGUUCACCAUUAAUAUUUUUUCUGCUUAUUUUAGUGGGGUAUUUAACACCAUAUUUUAUGUUCUAACUUUAAGCUUCCUUUGAAUUUAAAGUACUUUAUUGGGACUUCCUUCCUGUUAAUGGGGAGUUUUUCUUUCCACUGUCGCUUUAUGCAUGCUCAGUAUGAGGGAUUGCUGCAAA